AUGAAUGAUGUAAAGUGCACAAAAGAAAAAUCAUCGAAAAUUGAAAAGUUAAAAAAAAAAAGACACAAAAUAAAUAAUAACAAUCAAAGUAAAAAUGGAAACUACGAAAAUAAUGAAAAUUCAUGCUUCUCCAAAUACUAUGAAAAAAAUAAAACAAAUAAUACUUCUUAUGAUUUAAUGAAUGUAAUAAAUAUUAAUCAAAUUAAUGAAGAUAUAAUGAAAAAUAAUUAUUUAUGUAAUAGAACCUUUCAAAAUACAUGUCCUUGUACGGAAGAUCAUAAUUUAAAUGAUAAUAUAAAUAGAAGCUUUCAUAGUAAUCAAAUACAAGUUAAAAAUUGUGAAAAUAUAUGUAAUAAUGAUGAAACUAUCUAUAAUUCUAAUUUUAAUUCUUCUUUAAUAAAAUUAAUUAAUAUAAAUUGCAACAAAUUUUCAGAACCAAACAACUUUAAUAAAUCUAUUAAUAAACAAGGAUUGCAUAAUGAAACUAAAUGUAAUAUAAAAGAUUUAAAUUUCUGUGUUAAUGAGAAGUAUGAUCAAAAGAGGGAUAUACAAAUGAAUGAUAAAAGUAAAUCUAAUAUAGAAAAGACAAAUAAUUGUAAAAAAGUGAAUAAUAUGUUAAGUGAUUCUUGUUUUAUGAAUAAAUUAAAGGUGCUUCAAGAAACCACGUGCAAAUCAAGAGAAAAGAGUAUAAUUAAUAAUUUGAAUGAUAAUGAAAAUACUUAUGACAAUUGCGUGUUUGAAAAAUCAGUAAGGAAAAAGAAAAAGAGAAAUUCUAAAGAUAAUAAAAGUAGUGAAUCUAAUAAUGUAAAUAAUUCUAGUAAAAAUAUUAACAAAAUGCUUUAUAAUUUAAAUAUGAAUAAUAUAAGUAACAAAAAUUGCAUAAAUAUUCCCACAUGUGAGAUUGAAAAUUUUUCAAAGAAAAAAGAAAAUUUUCUAAAUAAUAACAUAACAAAGAAUAUUUUAGAUAGUAUGAACUAUUUAUGUUCUUUGAAUAAUGGUACAGAUAAAAAUAAUAAUAAAACGCAAAUAUUUAACAAUAAAAACAAUUUAGAUUAUGUCCAGAAUAUUAUUCGUGAUAUGAAUAAGUUACAGAAUACCCAUAAUAAUAGCAGUAGUAAAGAUUCUAAUUCAGUUCUAGAAAAUAAUAACGAUGAUAUGAAUCAACUAUCUUCAAAUAAAGAAAAUAAUAGUUAUAUAAACCUUUUAAAUUUAAAUAAAUAUAAUGAGGAAGAUUCCAUGAAAUGCUUUUAUAAUUCAGAUAAUUUAUAUUUAUGUAAUCCCAAGAUAAAUAAUAAUAAUAAAAGUAAUGUAAGUUUUAAGGAUGACUCUGUAUUGUAUCAAAACAAUGACAACAUUUUAAAAAAUCAAGAAAAUAAUGGGAAUAAUGCAACAUCAAAUAAUAUUUUUGUUUUGCCUUUACAAAAUAAUAUAGGUAUUAAUGAAAAAUAUAUUCAAAAUAUAAAUAGGGUAUCAUCAUCAAACAGUAGUCAUGAACAAAUCUUAAAAGAUGAUGAAUGUAAGAAUAAGAAUUCCUCAUUGCAUAAUUAUGAAUAUUAUAACUGUUCAUGUAAAAAUUGUGGAGAUAACGCCAUUAGCUUGAGUAAAUCUCAAAUUAAUAAAAAUUGCAUCAGUUACUACACUAAUGAUAAUGAUUAUAAAAUGAAUGAUAGUAAUAAUAAUAAUAAUAAUAAUAAUAAUAAUAAUAAUAAUAAUAAUAAUAAUAAUAAUAAUAAUAAUAAUAAUAAUAAUAAUAAUAAUAAAUUACAAAAUAUAGAUAAUAGUCCUUUUUUUAAUUCUUGCAAAUUAGCUAAUCAAAGUAAAAAGAAAAAUCUAAUUAACAUUAUUAAUGAAAAUAGUUCAGAAAUAAAUAGUUGUCAAAAUAAUAUAUUAAUUAUAAAUAAAAAAUCAUCGAAAUAUCACAGUGGGCAAAAAAACAGUAAUGACAUAUAUAAAGAUAAUAAUUCUAAUUAUUCUAAUGAACAAAAAGCAUAUAAAAGUAUUUAUAACAAUGAAAAUCUUACAAAUUGUUUUAUUAAUAAUUAUUCCAAUUAUAAAACUCCUGUGAAAGAAAAAGGAAAUGAUAAUCAAGAUAGUUCAUUAAACAAAAUUACUUCAGUUAAUGAAAUAAUUACUAAUAUAUGUGAAAUUCUACAAAAUAAUACUACUGAUAAUAAAAUUAACAAAAAAUUCGAAAAUUCUCCAACUACUAAAUUAAUUAAUAUAAAUUAUCCCGACAAAAACAACAACAUAAAUAAAAAUGGAAAUAAAAGUAUCAAUAAUUACAUAGAAUCUUUAGAGAAUGGCAAUUAUCAUUUAUUAUACAACAAAGAUAGUGAUAAAUAUAAUUAUAUUAAUAACAAUGAUAAAAAUGAUAAUGAAAUAUUUAAUUCAUUAGAAAAACAAAAUCAUGAUAAAUUAAAAAGUAAUGAUACUUUACUACUAAUAAAGAGUUUAUCUCAUAAAGAUAAGUUUACAUGCCUAAAAAAUAUUCAAGAAGAACAAUAUGAUUAUUUAAAACUAAAUGGAGAAGUACUCAAAAAUAGCAAUUUUUUUUCUGAUACACAUAUAGAAACAAACAUAGAUGAUCCUGCAGGAUAUUCCAAAAAAAAAAAUCAAUCAUUUAAUUUUCAAAUUGAAGAAACAUUUAAUUAUGAAAUUGACAAGACUGAAAAUGAAGAGCUAAAAGAAAAUGAAAAUAUCAAAAGAGAAAGAAGUGAAGGGGAAUAUGAAAGAAGUGAAGAAGAUAGAGAACAUAAAAGAAAUAAGGAUAAAUGUAAUAGAAUUAGCAAUGAUAUAGAAUCAAAAAAAGGAAAGGAAGAUUGCAUUAAUGAAAAUGAUGAAAAAAAAAGAGAUAAUAACGAUGAUGAAAUGUACGAAGAAGGAUAUGAAGAAGAAGAAGAAGAAAAUGGAGAGGAAAAAAAAGUAAUAGGAGUAAAUGAAAAAGAUAAUGAAUAUCAAGAAGAGAGAUAUUGUGAAGAUAUUAAAGAAAGCAACCUUGAGGAAAAAAAAAGCGCCAAAAGAAAACUAAAUAAUAAAGAAUAUAAAGAAAAAAUUCCAAAAAAAAUAAAGAAUCAUACAAAAAAAAAUUUAUUAAAAAGUAAUGGUGAACUUCAAAAACACAAAAAAAAUAUGCAUGAUAAUUUUUCAAAAAAUAAAAAUAAUUUAUUUGACCAUUAUGAUGAUAUAAAUACAAACUUUUUUCAUUUAAAUAAUCCUAAUAUUGAUGACUUCACAAAACAAAAAUUACUUGAUAUGAUGAAGAAACCCUUUUCUUCCGAUAAAAAUGGAAAAAUGCACAUUUUUUAUGAAAAAGAAAGAAAACGAAUGCAAAAUGGAAGAGAUAAUAAAUAUAUUAAAAAGUUAACGAAAAAUGAAAAUGAAGAUUUCGACAAUUUAAAAAAAAAUAAAAAUGUUUUAAAAAAUUCUACUAGUGCCUUUAGUCAUGAUAAAGCAUUAAAAGAAUUUAAAAAAGAAAAUUCAAAGGAAUUUUUUGAGCAAAAUGAAAAUCUUCAGCACAUGAUGAAAAAAUAUCACGAAGAUAAUUUUUUUAAUAAUUCAAAUUAUGUUUAUAAAAAUCUAAGCUAUGAAGAAGAAUUUGAAAAAGAUGCACAUGAUGAUAAAGAAAAGGAUGUCAAAAAUAAAAAAUUAAGAAAAAAUAUAAAUUUAUCAGGAGAAAAAGAAAAAGGAAAAGAAAAAAUGGGAAAUCAAGAAAGUAGUAAUGAAAAUUUCGAUGAGUAUAAUAAUAAUGAUAUAAAAAGUGUAGAGAGAAAAAAUAAUAAUAAUGAAAAAGAGGGUUUUUAUAUGAAUGCAAUAAAAGAUAAAUAUAAGAGAAAUAAAAUAAAAGUAAAUAAUAAUGAAGAUAACAAGGAAAGAAGAAAAAGUAUCAAAAUGAAAAAUGAUAGUGAAAAAAAGAUAGAUGAAAAUAGUGGAAAUUUUAAUACGAAUAAACAAAAUAAAGAAAUGUUAUAUAAUGAUAUAUGUAUACAAGGAAAUUCAAAAAAUGAAGCAUUUACUAAUACACAAGUAAUAGAUGCUGAUAGUAGGAAGAAAGAAAAUUCUGUAUUUCCAAAUAAAAAGCAAAAUCUUUCUAUCGAUGUACAAAAACUAAAAUAUCAAAAUAACUCAGAAGACGAGGAAGAAAAGUUAAAUAAUGAUGAAGGUGAGGAUAAUGAGGAUGGUAAUGAUUAUAUGGCAAAUAGUAUAAAAAAGUAUGAUUCUGAUGAUACAUGUAAUAAAAAUUUUCAUAAAACCUUAAACAAAGAAAAAAAACAUAAAAUGUAUUUGUGUGAUAUAAUGAAAAGUAAUGAUUUAAAAAGAAUUAACGAUAAUUAUUUUAAAUUACACUCAAAUUUAGCAAGUAACUUAUUAAGUACAAGCACUAGCAGUAGUUAUAGCAAUGAUAAUGUAAAAAUAAGUUUAAGUAAUUACGAAAUUGGGAAGUUAUCUUCUAAUACAUGUAUAAAUAAGUUUCUUCUAGAGGAUGAAACGCAUAAUAAUUUAAAUAUGAACUCCCUAAGGAAUAAUAAUUGCUUUUUAUAUGAUAAUAAUAAAAAAAUAUUGGAAGGGAAAACAUCUGUAAGCUUAGAUAAUAAUUCUGCUAACAAUGAAAUUAAUAUAAAUGAAAACAAUAAUAAUAUAAUUAGUAAUGAAGAAAGUAUAAUAACAAAUAAGGAAAUCCUUAUAAAUGAUAUACAAAAAAAUGUUAUUAAUGAAAUUGAUAUAGAAAAUAAAUAUGUAAGUAAUUCGGUAUUAAGUAAUCAUUUUGUAAAUAAAGAAUUGAUUAUGGAUGACAAUAAAAUAGUUCCAAAAAAAGAAAUAAAAGAUAAAUUAAAGAAUGAUGAAAUAAUAAAUCAAUCAGGAAAUCAAUUUUAUGCUAGAUUAAAUAAGAAUAAUGAUUUAUCGCAGCGUUUACAUGAUGAUAAUUUAGUAUGUGAUAAGAAUAUUUCAUGGAAAAGUAAAGAAAAUAGCAAAACAUUCAAAAGUUAUGGGACACUAAAAGCAAGUGCAAAUAGGUAUUAUAGUAGUAACUCACUAUCAAAAAGAAGAAUGCUAUUUAAAAGCAAAAGCUAUAGUGAUAAUGAUAAUUUUUUAAGCUUCCAUGUGAAAAGAAAGAUAUCUUCAUGUUCUGAUUAUAAAGAAUAUAAUAAAUGCUAUUUUAAAAAACAUACAUUACUUAAAAAUAGUUAUUCAAAGGAAAAAGAAUUUUUAUUAAAUAGGACAAAUAGUUUAAAUAUAAAUUUAAAUAGAAUAGGAGAAGACAUAAUAAAAGAUGAUAGCAAAAAUAACAACGAUAAUAUUAAUGCCGAAGUUAUAAAGGAAAAAAAAAUGAAACAUCACGUAAUUAAUGAUGUUAAAAUACAAGAGGAGGAUUCAUUUAAUACUCAAACAAAGAAUUUGCGCAAAGAAUUAAAUGAAAAGGAAACAAUUCUAAAUGACAAAGAUAAUAAUAUAGAAAAUAAAAAAGAAGAAAUAAAUGACGUAUGCAAUGUAGUUGAAUCAUCAGUAAAAAAUGAAAUAGAUAAAAAAGUGUGCACAUUAAUAAAUUGCCCAACACAUAAUCCUCAAAACUAUACAAAGAGUAUGGCAAAAAAAAAUGAUUCACAGGGGGAUUCAGUAAUAUUAAAAGAAGAAAAUGAUGAAUUAAAAAGAAUACCAGGUGUUUAUUAUGAUAAGAAUUCUCAAAGAUGGUUUGGUGAACAUAAAAUAAACGGUGUUAAGUGUGCUCAAAGUUUUGCAGUAAAGAAGCAUGGUUGUGAGGAAGCAAAAAGGCUAGCAAUUGAAUGGAAAAAAGCAAGAAUAAGGGGAGAGGUAUGGGAUAGAUUUAUAAAUAAAAAAAAAAAAAACAGUAGUAGUAAUUGUUUAAAAGCAGCAAAGUCUAGUCGACCUUCAGUAGAAGAAUUAAGAAUGAAAUAUUUAUCUAUGAGCAAAAAUAUGCCUAAGGUAAGAGGUGUUUGGUUUAAUUCAACUCCUCAAAGAAUGGGAUGGGUUGGACAAGCUUAUAAAAAAUGUAAAAGAAUUGAAAGAAUUUUUUCCGUAAAUAAAUAUGGUUUUGAGGGUGCAAGAAAAUUAGCUAUUGCUUUCCGAAAUUCUCAAAAACCAUCUAAUGAGGAUAGUGAUGAAGACAGCUGGUCAAAAGAUGAUAAAAUGAAUAUGAAAAAUAGUGAAGAUAAUUUAAAUAACUACGAAUAUAAAAGUAAUUUUUUGAGUUCUAUAAGUAAUAUUAAAAAUAAUAAUAAAAUUGAAAGCAAAGAUAUAAGAAUUAAUUUAUGUAGAGAUGCCAUAUUAUUUAUUUUACAAGAUCUAGAAACUAUAUUAGAACUAAAUAUACCCUUAUUAAAUAAGAAUGUAAAUAUAUAUAAAAUAUGUAUAAAACAUCAUUUAAAUUAUUUAACAUUAAUAAAGAGUGAAGAACAGAUUAUUCCUUAUUUAAAAGUAUUUGGCGACUAUAUACAAAGAUGUAUUUUGCCAACUGAUCUCCCAUAUGCAGAAUUAUAUGUUUUAAUUGAUUCAUUAAUUCACAAUGAAAUAUUACCGUCCUUUGAUCAUAAACAAAAUUUUUGUGAAUAUUCAGUAACAGAAGAUCCUGGAAUUAUAACACCAUCUAUGUUAUUAUAA